AUGAUAGCCACUGGGGUUCAAAAUGCGAACGGUUCCGGUGGGUUUAAUGUCGGUCUUGCUGCUUGGUCGCCGUGGCCAAAGGAAGGAAUCACUUUCGCAGAGGCUAUCGUAUCCACCAACAGUAUUGUAUUCGCCUAUUCCUUCGGUGGCUGCUUACCAUCGUUCAUGGAAGAAAUGCACACCCCAGAGGACUACAUCAAGACCCUCUGGUGGCUCGGAGGCAUUCAAAUCGUUAUUUAUACUCUAACAGGCUCGCUUAUCUACGCAUUCGUGGGACAGGAGGUGCAGUCCCCUGCUCUACUGUCAGCAGGUCCUGUUAUCUCAAGGGUCGUUUUCGGUAUCGCGCUUCCAGUGAUCUUCAUCUCGGGCUCGAUCAACACCACGGUGGUCUGUCGGUAUAUCCACGGAAAGGUAUAUCGCAACUCAGUUGUCCGGUACAUCAAUACCCCAAGAGGCUGGAUUACAUGGCUUGGACUUGUGCUUUUCGUUACCAUUCUCGCGUGGGUUAUUGCCGAGGCCAUCCCUGUCUUCUCUGAGCUACUAUCUAUCAUUUCAUCACUAUUCGUUUCGGGCUUAUCCUUCUAUCUCCCACCAGUCAUAUGGUACGUUCUUCUUAGGGAGGGUGCAUGGUACGAAAAGCACAACUUGAAGACUGCUAUGUACAAUCUCGUGGUGUUUAUUGUUGGGAUGAUCGUCUUUGGAUGCGGCACGUACGCCAGCAUUGCCGAGCUGGUUCAUAAGUUCGAGUCAAAUUCCAUUAGCAAGCCAUUCACGUGUUCUGCUUGA